AUGCUUUACUAUAAAAUUAAAGCACUCAAGCCUAAAGUCAAUAAUCGAAGUGUUUAAACAAAUUUUUCAACUAUUAAUCAAAUCUCCAAUCCCGCAAUUGGUACUCAUAAUUCAAAUCUCUAAUCUAAAAAUUAAAGAUUUCAAAACAUCGUAAUGGAAGAUAGAUCAUAAAGAUUAAAUGAAUUGGAAUCUGUAAUUCAAUAUUUAAGCUUGUUUAAAAGAAUUAAAGAAUCUCACUCUCAGAAAAAGUCCUAAAAUUAAUGUCCAUAAAUUACAAAUUUGUCUGUUGAUUGUUUAUAGAAAUCCUGUGUUAAAACAAGAAAUUUCAAUACUAAGAUUUGGAGUAAAGUUAAUUGUGACGAAGACAGUUACGCAGGUAGAAAAUUUAGUAUUGAAAAAGUUGAAACAAAUAGAGAUUCUAAAAUUUCUCCAUGUCUUAAAGUCUCAUAGGCCAUUAGAUUUUAAAGAUCAAACUCUUAUUUAACUAAUUUAAGGACUGAAAUGAAAAGGAAUAUUCUAAACUAAAAUUAAUAUUCAAGAAGUCGAUCAGUGAUGAGAUAAAAUGUCCUCUUAGUUUUUGUUGAAAACUAUUUGACAAAAAAUUAGGGCACUAAGAGAAUUUGA